CAGUAGCUUCAGCAGCGGCAGUGCUCGGGUUUCGACCGUUGCUUCCAUCACACCGAGACGCUUCAGGCAGUUCAUCUAAAUAAGUGACGCUUCGUAUUGCAAUGGUUACACCGUCAGUCUGUUCUUUCUCAGUAGACACGCCGGAGCUACAAUGAAGUUCUAGCUGCUUCCUCUUCCUGUCUGCACGGUUUGUGCUUCAUUGUGUUAAACCUGCAGUGUAGGCAGGGGCCUCGUCCAUGUGGGCUUCAUGCUGUGGUCUGCUGAAUGAAGUCAUGGGUACUGGGGCCGUCAGAGGCCAGCAACCAGGGUUCGGGGCCGGUGCUGGACCCUUCAGAUUUGCCCCAAGUGCGGGAUACUCCACAUACCCGCCCACCAGCUCAGGGAGUCCCAGUCUUGUAUGCAAGGCCUGUGGCCAGGCCUUCUCAGUCUUCAGGAGGAAGUAUAUUUGCUACGACUGCAAGAAGAGCUUCUGCUCUCUGUGCUCCGUGCUUCAGGAGAAUCUGCGCAUUUGUGCCACUUGUCAUUUGCUGAAGGCAACAGCCUUUCAGCGGCCGCGACUCAUGCGCCUACGAGUCAGGGACCUGCGUCAGUACUUGCUGCUCCGCAACAUCCCCACCGAUACCUGCAGGGAAAAAGAAGACCUGGUGGACUUGGUGCUCUGUCACCAAGGCAUUGAGGAAGAGGAGGACCCUGACACAGGCAGCCUCCACUCACGCUCCCUGUAUACGCCGACACCUUCCACCACGCAGUCUGCCUCAGAGCUGUCUGCUUUCGUCGCCUCUCAAGAGGAGCCGCUCAGUAGGAGUGACAGCUCUGAUACCAACCAGGAUAUAGGUGAUGCCACGUCUGUGUCUCUCCUCAACUUGGACCCCAGUGAACACACUCCUGAGGUCAGUCCUCAGACACGCCAUCGGGCCAGAGCGUCUCUCUCAGACAUCUCCAGCUUGAGGGACAUCGAGGGGCUGUCUGUCAGGCAGCUGAAGGAGAUCCUGGCCAGAAACUUUGUCAACUAUUCAGGGUGCUGCGAGAAGUGGGAGCUGGUGGAGCGCGUCAGCAGGCUGUACAGAGAGACGGAGGAAAACAGGAAAUCAUUGGAAAAUGUGAGCAGUACUGUAACCACAGAUGGUGAGAAGGGUCCGCUGACGAUCCACGACGACAACCUCUGCCGGAUCUGCAUGGACGCUAUGAUCGACUGCGUUCUCCUGGAGUGCGGUCACAUGGUCACCUGCACGAAGUGCGGCAAGAGGAUGAACGAGUGCCCGAUCUGCAGGCAGUACGUCGUGCGGGCCGUGCACGUCUUCAAGUCCUAAUGCGCCGCUGCAACACCGCAGCACCCGCUUCAGAGCGGCAGCUCAGACUGAGACUGUACCUUAAAUCACCCAUGCAGCUCACAACCUUUGAAUCCACAAAAGACCUUUUCUGUGGAUGCUCCAUGUUUGUAUUCCCUAAAUUCUCACAUUAUUUGCACAUUGAAAUAUUAUGAGAAACAUGUUUUUCUGAAGAAUUUGACUCUUCGGUUUCACGAGUGGGCAGGAUGUAGGACCGUACCCGCCAAUGAGUCAUUCCUCAAGUAAACAUAUCUCUAAUCUGUGCUCAUUCCUAAGUGUCUGUUUUGCUUUUCUUACAGUUUUUCAAAGCAAAGAAUGUGUGGCACUGAGCCACGUGCAGUCUUGUCAAACACAACUCAUCACCCUCAGACCUGCCUGUAAACUGUAGCUGGCACUCAGCACUGCUGAGGAUCUAUAAAAGCACCUCUCUUUACAACUGCUGCAAGUGACUACAUAUCUUAGUAACACACACACACACACACACACUGAACCUCACCACAGGAGAGAGGAGGUGACUGAAUUAGGUGCCAAAUAAUGGGUAACACCCUGAUGCUUCUCACCCGUUUUUCCCCCUCGACUGUGUUGGGCCAGUGCGUGGCUGUUGUUUCACCAGAGAGCACUUUGUUCACACUGUGUUAACACACCACAGCUCACACCCCACAGCUAACUAUGACCAGUACUGGUGGCUGAGGUAGCACGUGUACUCACUCUUGAAUACUUACUGAAAACGUAAGCUUGACUGAUGGAGCUCGACUUCGUUUAGGUCAGUGGAAACAACUAAGUGCAAAUCAUCGAUCCUGUUUUCUUUUCAAGCGAAACUUUGCGUUACUCGGCCCGCAGACGAGCAGGCGCUCUGCCGUCGUGAUCUGAGGAAAUCUGUGAUUUAUGAUGAAGUUAAUGCAUCAUCGAUUUUAUUGUAUUCACUUAUUUUGUCAUAGAAGUGCUUAUCGUAAUGCAUCACACAUUUAAAUGGUGAUACGAAGUCGGUCAUUACAGCAAUAGCUAACCUCCGCUGUCACCUCUGUCCUGUCUCAGCACUUUAGUGGAGACUGAAGACAAAAACUGGUGCUAACUCAUCCAACCAUCUUCCCUGAUUUCCAGCUGAACUGUGGAUGUGAAUCUCUGAAUGUUUUUAUUUUUCUCGUUGUAUAUCGUUGGAGGUGGAACGAAGUGUCUUAAUGCGUUUUCGUUGAUUUUCUCUUACGUAGGAGUGAUGUAUCGACCUAACUAUUCCAAGAUAUAGCUAUGAGUUUACUGACACCUGUGGUAUAGAAAGUAUAUAGAAACAAUGACUUGCUAAUGUACAGUUGCAUAUAUUGAUCCAUAUGAGAUGUAUAUAUCUAUAUUUUUUCCAUUUGAUUUAAAUUGUGUAAUAUCAGAUUAUUGAAAUGUCCCUGGGAUUGGGUUAGUUUAUUAUAACAGAGUUUGUUUUCCUGUCAAGUGGUUGAAAAUGUGUUUAAUCAGCAUAGAUUUGCUUGACGUAUCUCUCCCUCUUGAACCAGAGCAUGACGAGAGCCUGUAUGACACUGGUUAUGUUAUUCCCCUUCUUCUCCACCUACGAAACUCAAUCUCCUGGUUUUCUUUCCCCCUAAUCCUGCUCAUUAAGAAGCAUCCAGCUCUGUGCUGUCCCCACUCAAAGUCCACACUGCUGCUAUUACAGUAAAGAUGUCCCCUACAGUCAUGCACAGUAGCGGAGCAGGACGCACUUUUCCUUUAGAGGGGGUGUAAUCAUGUGCAAGGUUUGGUCUUUGUAUUUGGGAAUGUUGAACUUUUUAUUUUGGUAAUUAAAGAUUUUAAUU